CGGAGGCCGAGGCUGCGGCGGGGAUGGCGGCGGCGGCGCGGGGGCGCGUGCUGUGCCUCUUCGAUGUGGACGGGACCCUGACGCCGGCUCGGCAGAAAAUCGAGCCCGAGGUGGACGCGUUCCUGCGGGAGCUGCGGGAGAGGGUGCUCAUCGGCGUGGUGGGAGGCUCCGACUACGCCAAGAUAGCGGAGCAGCUGGGGGACGGGGAUGAAGUCAUUGAUAAGUUUGACUACGUCUUCGCAGAGAAUGGCACAGUGCAAUACAAGAACGGGCAGCUGGUCUCCAAGCAGGCCAUUCAGGACCACUUAGGGGAAGAGCUGCUGCAAGAUCUAAUCAACUUCUGUCUCAACUACAUGGCGCUGCUGAAGCUGCCCAAGAAACGAGGAACCUUCAUUGAGUUUCGCAAUGGGAUGCUGAACAUCUCCCCCAUCGGACGCAGCUGCACGCCAGAGGAGCGGAUCGAGUUCUCUGAGCUGGACAAGAAAGAGCGGAUCCGGGAGAAGUUUGUGGCAGCAUUGCAGAGGGAGUUUGCUGGCAAAGGCCUGCGUUUCUCUCGAGGUGGCAUGAUCAGCUUUGAUGUCUUCCCAGAGGGCUGGGACAAGCGCUACUGCCUGAACGUGCUGGAUGACGAGAGAUUUGACACCAUCCACUUCUUUGGGAAUGAGACAACUCCUGGAGGAAACGAUUAUGAAAUCUAUGAUGAUCCCCGCACGGUGGGACACAGUGUCCAGUCCCCCCAGGACACCGUCCAGAGAUGCCGCGAAAUCUUCUUUCCAGAGAGAGCAAACGAGUGCUGACUGCCAGGUUUCCCACAGCCCUGCCCCAGCCCAACCCUCUCCCCACUCCAGGAAAAGCACCUUCAUUUGAGGAAUCUGCUCAGGGUAGACCAAAAAAAAACCCACUUUCUGGAGCCGGUCAGGAUGUGACGUGUGUGGCAGGUGGGUGUGCAGGAGGGGGCCCUCACUGAGCAGCCCCUCACCACUCCCCAUCUAUGGCUGGGGCUGGUGGGACCAGACCCUCCCCUUGCCUCCAGCAAAACUUCUCUCUUGACAGUUCAUGCCAUGGUGGGCACCAAUGCUUUCAUGGUCAGAAAGCAUUUGAAAGGGCCAGUGGUGAGAGUGUCUGUGUCCAUCCCAUGCUCCUUCCCCUCUUCUUUCCACUCUGUUUCUCUUCACACUUCUGCACGAGAGAACAUGUGCCUCACCUUUCUCUCCCUCUUGCACCUUGGCUGGGGAGGGUGGGGCUGCUGAGGCCCCAGGCACUCUCACCAGAGCUGCUCUGAAGUGAGAGGCCAGGAGGGCCGUUUGCUCCAAGCCUGUGGUAGGAAGGGGCAGCUGCCACCCCAGUGUGGUGCAUCCUGAUGGAGAGGAUCAUCACAUCCCUCGCCCUGGUGCCACACCAUGCCAGUCCCUGAGGGUGACCUGGGAGUGACAGUUUUAACAUUACUCUGCUCCUACUCUGAGCUUUGCUCAGGUGUGUGAAGAAACUAGCUCUCUCUUUAGCUUACACAAAAAAUGGGUACCGGGGAUUUAUUUUCCAUGUUUCGCAGACCUUGCUUGGUACAGCUGGAGCACCUCAGGUGCUUGGAGUGUGCAGAGCACCUUGUGGAGCAUUGAUGCAGAAGGAUUCCCAACAGUUUUCCCACCUGCAUCUCCAUGAGGCAUGUCUGUGUAAAACCUUACCUGGGGCAUUCAUAACAAACCAAGUCCCCUUCCUUCCCAGGUUUCCAUCAUGCUGCCAGAUACGUUUUCAGGGAGGGACAACACAGGCCAGACUUGGUUUCUAAUGCCAACAGAGGUACUCCCUCAGCAGUGCCCUCCAAGCUUGCUUUUCCACCCCAUCUCAUCCCACAUGCUUGGUUUAUGUGGUCACUUUUAGGGACGCAAGUUCACAUGUCCUCCUUUUUUCUCUGAGCCUUCAUGGGUUGCAAAACCACAUCUCUCCUUUUGGCCCUUGACCCGCUCCCUCACAUUGCCCCUUUAUUCCUGGCCAUUUUGGCUGGGAUGUGUGAGUGCACCAGCAACACUAGUCACAAGAGGAGCUAGCUCAGGGAUCUCCUCCAGGGAGAUGUCCUGCUUAUAGCUCCCCAGAGCACCUGUGGUCUGGUGUUUGUGGACCUGGAGGGUGCUGGAGGUUCCUGCAAAAGCCCCAUGUUGCUCCCUGGGAGCCUUUCUCAGCACCU